AUGCGGCUUCAUCAAGUAAUUACUGGAUCUAGAAACAAGGGGCACAACAGUAUAUCAUUCCUUAAUUUCUCGGGAUCAUUGUAUAUCGUGUAUGGAAGGGGUGGAAAUAUUGUUGUAUUGGAUAGGGACCUUUUUCAAGUCCAGCUGAUUCCUGAUGCAGCCGGUGCUGACUCCGGUGAAAUCACAUGCAUUUGCUGUGAAAAUCUAACUGGACUCAUUGCUGUCUCAGAUGGGAAGAGCAUCAUGGUUUUCGAGACUGCUGGAGCACACGCCUCAAAGACGGCUUGGAAGGAAUUUUCCCACCUGUGUCCAGGUAGUAUGGUGACUGCUCUUGCAUGGUUUCCACACUCAUCAAUCUGUAAAAAACCUCUGCUAUUAAUUGGCUCUUCAUCGCCGUCAACCUCGGUGGACGCUCACUACUAUAUAUCAGGUUGGCAAAUAACUUGGCCUUGCGUUGGGGAAAAAGAAAGAAGUUUUGAUGCUUGGCAACGUUUGUGGACAGUGGAAUCUAAUGGACAAAUUGAGUGCCUCCGGGUAUCGCCUGAUGGCCGCUUUAUCGCAGCUCAGUGCAAAGAACCAUCUUCAAAACAUGAAGAGGAAGUAUUGUCCACCAAACCUUUCCAAGUGCAGAUCUGGUGUCAGACACCCAUGCUAGAUCAAUCCUCCGGCUCUUCAGGAGGUCUUUCGGCAACUAAUUGGGUUCCCAGUAACCUAAGGCAUCCGAAGGAGAUUGUGGCAUUUUCCUGGCGUUCCAUGCCUCGAUACCUCCCGCCGCUAACGCUUCCAGCAAACGCGUGCCGUGCGGACGUGAUUUCAGGAUCGGACCUGCCGUUUCAGCUUCAUGAACCAAUGAAGGGUAACAAAUUCGUCCUAGCCGCGUCCAUAAAUGUCACCGAUUCUAAUCUCUCCAUCCUGUCCCCUAAUUACGACGACCUAUCACACAAGGGGCCCUGUUCACUGCAGUGGAUGAAUAACAAGACCAUUGAUGUGGAACGCAAGCUCGACAGGCUGCUUCAACAUCUGAUCCUCCUUAUUUCCUCCACUCCCAUCGGUGACUCAAGUAGGUUUUACCUGGCGUUGUGUAUUGCUAAAAUGGGAAGUAAUACCUUCCUUUCUUCAGUCACAGAACAUGGUUUGGACAAGUUUCGACCGCAAAUUGGGAUAUUGGAUCAGAUGCUGUUAAGGUGUCUUAGCAAGUGGCGCAGAAUGCAUGACACCCUCCUGAUGCUGCAUCCUUCCGACGGAAGUUUAUUCUUGUGGUCCAUAAAUGGCUUGGACUGUUCAACUUUAAAUGGAAGCAUGCUAUGUAGCUUUGCUCAUAAAUUUUGCGAUGGCAGUGUUUGUGCUGAUGGUUUAACAAAUCGUGCGAGGGAUGCGAUUGAAGCAGACAUAACUCAAAAUCGACGCGUCUGCCAAACAUCUUUCAGUCUUCGUUCACGUCUACCAGGCACCGACUUCUCCCAUGUCACUCCAGUGGCUGUUCACAAUUCCCUUCUAUUCACAUGCGUCUUUGAAAAUGGCUCUGUGACCACAAUGCAAUCCCACAUGCUACUGAUUGACUGUUUUAUGGCUCGAUCAAAGCUUGCGCUGGCCGUGUCUUCAAAACUCAGUAGCAGUGUCCGCAAUCGCUAUCUGCAGGAUAUACGAGGCGUUCAACUGGCUUGUACAACAGCGCCAGAGCUCCGUGGACCGCUGAUCUUGGACUUAUACUCAUCAGCCGCUCUAGAUGGUAGUACACUCAAACACCAGGAAGUUGGAUGCAGUGCUCUCAUGCAUUCAGCUACAAACAAUACACUACCUCUCAGUGUUAUUGCUGUCGAUUCCUCGACGGAAAUCCAGCUAUUUUCUGUGGAUACAACCGGUACCGUUACUAAAAUAGGAAAUCUAACACCCACUAUGGACGCUAGCCUUUCCUCAUCUUCGUCAAUGCUGUUAGUUAUUUCUGCCCCAUCAUCGUCUUCCUCAUUCCUUGUGAUUAAAAUUUUCUCAACUGUGGAACACAAUACUGGAUCGUUGUGCCGAAUCGAGACGUGGCGUGUUGACUUGGAUUCUAAACAAGUCAUCAAUGGACAUGCAACUACUACUGAGGCUUUACAGGCAAGGUAUAGGUCCUCAUCGCUGUCGCCCUCCAGCAUCAUUGCUGGCUCCUCAAAGAUAAGCGACCAUGUGUUGCCGCUGGAACCAGGGGUUACUGUAACUUGCAUCAAGCAAGGCCCAUCUCCCAUAUCUUGGUGUAACGAAGUGCUUCGCCCUUCUUAUCUCAUAGCAACAACUUGUUCUGACGGCGGAAUUCGUUUGUGGACUGCUGAAGCUAUCAAAAGCAAUUGCAAAAAGUCGCCCACCACAAAUUUCCUAAUCAAAUGGGUGGAAUGGCGACUUCCGUUUGCUGAGUUUAGUCACAGCAGGAUUUUCAUUCCUUCUGAUCUUCUGGCCCAACGACGAAGCCUGGAUGAACUGCAUAAGAGCGCGAGAAAUCGUGUUUGCCUUUCUUCACCGCGUCGGAUUCCUAUAGGUAGCCAACACAAUGCACGCGCUUUUGUGGUAGCCUGUGCCACGAAUUGGCGCAUCGCGAUUGGUUGUGCCAUGGGUCAGACUGAUCCCCUCAUGAUCGUCAUCCUUGAAUGCGAGUCCAGCGGUGGGUUGGAAUGGAUGCUGGAAGACAUUGUGAUUCCUUCUGUGGAAUUGUGCCCAUGCCACAUAACGUCAUCUGAGCUCUCAAAUCCAAUUCUGCCACAAUUCCACCCUCGACAGCUGCUAGAGUGGAUGAACCUUGGACGAUUUCGACUUGUCCAGGCUCUCUUGGUUCACCUCACCCGCUGUCUCUCCGCCGUCGAUGUCGUCUGCGGGCUCGACGCCGCGCGUCCAAAGACCACUGUGAAUAACUCUAGUCGACAUCAGAGAACGCGGUCAAUUUCACUGGCUAUCAGUGGUGGCAUCAUUGACGCCAGCCUGGAAACAUCUUCGCUCACCACACCUUCCUCCUCUCCUGAAUUGGAAAUACCGCCUCUACCUCUCCACAUUCUACUUGCUCUUGAUUCACUCAGUUUUCAACACCUUGUGGCUAAUUCCUCCAACACCACGUUCGAUAACUUUGCUCCACUGAGUGAAAAUUCGGGUAGUCUCUUGAACGAAGAUCUGGCAACGGAAUUAAACGAUGAAGAGACGAGUGUGCAAAUUGAUGGCGGUAGUGAUACUGCCCAGAGAGGCAGUUGGCGUGUGUCUCUGGAGACACUGGGCUACCUCUCUAACGGUCUUCCAUCCAACCCACUAUGGGAUCUAAACAAUCACCAAACUCUGGCCUCUUUACUUAAAUUUGACAAUCAGGAAGCCCGAAUUCUCUCAGAUCUGCUGUCGCGAUAUCGCCUACCUGGACUCUCUCGUUUGGAUCAGAUGUACCUUUUAGGAAUUGCCGAGCUGAUGGCGAAUACGCGCACUGAAGUGACCGAUCGUUUGUCGGGAAUCGUAGCCACAGCUCCUCAAACACCACCAAAUUUCAAAGAACACGAUCAAUCCAACUUUCCAGCGGCAUCUGAACUCGAACUUGAUGACUGUGGGCUGCGAUUCGUUAUGAUUAUGCAACUCUAUUCCUACCUGUGUGGAACAAUUCCUCUUGUGAAACGAAGUCAAAUGAUGAAAGAGGGUUUGACCAGUCGUAGCUUUGUGUGGGCCUUUCAUUCAGGGGCCGACGAAGUCCUCCUCAGUUUCCUCCCUUCCCAGAAGCAGCAGCACCAUCAAUCGGAUCCGACGAGCAAAACUAGCGGUGGUCUAACUUGGGCCGAGUUCAGGCGUUAUGGCUGUGGCUGGUGGAUUCACAGUGACGUCAUUUUAAUGCAAUGUGCUGAAAAGAUGGCUCGCUCUGAGUUUCUGCGAACAAAGGAUCCCAUGGACUCGGCCAUUUUCUAUCUUGCAAUGCACAAGCCCACAGUUAUGGCUAGUCUCUUCAAGUCACUGGGAAAUAGGCCGUUGGAGAAUUUUUUUCGCUCAGACUUCACACUGGGCUCACCUGCUUGCAAACAGGCCAAACUGAACGCCUUCCGUCUCCUCAGUCAACAUAAAUAUGUACAGGCAGCUGCUCUAUUUUUAGUCGGUGGGUGGCUUGAAGACGCCAUCAAAGUGUGUGUCGAUUCUGUCAAAGAUCUUCAGUUGGCCGUCGUUGUUUGCAGGUUGUAUUCGCUGAGUCGCACUGAGUUCAAUGAAUCUAGCAUUUCUCCUUAUCAUAAACUCCUUCGUACUCACGUCAUCAGCCACGAGGAUCCCUACCUUCGUAGCAUCGCCUACUGGGUUCUGAUGGAACCGUUAAAUGCCUUGACCACACUGCUUCAGAAGCCCUCUGCCCAGAUUAUGGAUACCCCGUUGCCGUCUCAGUGCCCCACAAUGUUUCCCAGUGGAUUUGAUUUCGAGGUGUGUCCCUCGGUUUUUAAGCUCUACACCUACAUUCGCUCGCACCCAUUAGUGGCUCGCCAUCUACGACUGACAGACGAAGGCGAUAGAAUUCAGAGUCAGUUAAGGCUUUUGGAUAGGCGCUUGUAUUUUCGUACCGCCUAUCACUAUAACACCAUCGGCUGCCCCACCCUCACACUGGAGGUUCUUAGUCGACUUCCUCAUCUGUCCCCUUCUGAUGCUGUUAGUAACAAUUUGAGAAAAUCUGAUUUAUCUGUUUCUGAGUCACAAAAUUUGAAUGAAGAGGUACAAUUAUCUUUUUUCAAACCGAACGAAGAUGUCAGGGCCCUUGUUGGUGAAGGGGAUUUCGAAGUAGUCUGGAGUGACGAAGAAGAAGAGGCGAAACGCAGUGAUUUUACUGAGGUCACUGACUCACUAUCCCAGCCAUCUUCCGCCAUCGAAUCCAAUAUACUUCAGCACGGUGAUACUUCCGGGAAUUUAGAUAAUGCCGCCUCCCAUGAACCCUCGAUUCAUUUACAAAUGGAAUAUUGGGCUUGCCUUAGAAUAUUUACUGAAGAACUUUGUGGAAUGUUCUCGACUGCCUCGGCUGAAGGUGGUCGUCUGAAGAAACAUAUUUUUACCUGGAUCGAAAAUGGGAUUGCUAUUCUACAGAAGAUUAGUUUUCCUUAUAAAGAAUCGUAUCUCGAUGGAGUUCAGUAUUCCUUCCAUGUUCCAUUUGAUCGUGAUAAUAAAGAACAAUCGUUGUUCAUUCCGAUUGAUUACCAUGGGUCUAGACAUUUGGAUGGGUUUGUUUUAUCCUCAAUUAUUGAAAAAGAGCAGUCGAUGACGUCACAUUUACCUGCUCAGACGGAUCAACAGGAAAUGUGCGAUAAUCGUUUUUACUUUUGUCUACUGUCAAAUCUUGAAUUUGUGCAAAGUCUCAUUACCUUCUGCAGUCUUCAUGGCGAGAGUGGAGUCGACCUACGGGUCGUUCGCAUGGAGUUGACUUAUUUACUGAUGGACGUCUUUAGCAGCGUUUUCGAGCGCUCCGAUUUUUCAUCGCAAAGUCGUUUCCUCAGAUCGCUUCCUCUUCUGAAAUGUGUUCGCCCAACAGCUUUCCCCGGUUUCAUGAGUCUUAUAUCCCGACCUCUAGAUCUCAUCAAGACGUUGAUCAAUGAUAUAAAUGCAAGUCUGGUCCAUUUGGCACCACCGUACUUACGAUUCAUCCGCACCCUCCCAUCCUGCAGUACAAAGGAGCUACACAGUGUCGUCAUGGCGGAUGGUAGUAGCGUGGUUCGUCGUGUGGGCUUGCUAAGGAAUCUAUGCAUGACUCUCUCUGCCUACGUUUUUCAGUGUCUUUCCACUGGAACCUGGCGGGCGUCCCAUCAGGGAAACGCAGGACUCGCCAUUGCUGUCACUCAGUCGGCUUUUAAAUCUUGCCUUCCAGGUCUCUUUGUGUCAGCUGGGUGCGCCCAACCCACAAGUUCACAACACUCCCUGUUGGGUGUUUUGGCAGAGGCCAUGGUCGCUGUUUACAUGGGACUCUGUGUCUGCGCUCUCUAUGCCCGUGACAGCUGCGCUCUCUACCGUCUGGCCUGGAACGCACGCCUCGCCGAAUCACUUACUUGGUCGCGCGUGUUCGGUGGUGUCUGUCGCCUCAAACCCCUCCGUCCACCGGCACCGCCCACCCGACCCUCGAGUACUUUCUCGUCGCCUGCGCCUCAACCUAAGAAGAGGGGGUCGUUUGCAUCAUCAAUGCAAUCUCCAAAUUCAGCGACACAAAUGGGUUCCUUCCAUUUUCAAGUCGAUCAGAUUGCUCCAGUAGUGACAAAGAUUUAUCUAGCACAGCCUUCAACGCAUGCAGAUGAAUGGUUUCUUCCGCCGCAAUGCUCCAUGAUGACUUGCUUUCUCAAUAAGCCCCGGCUCUCAGAAAAGACGUUCUCAGAGGCUACCUUCGUGUACGAUAGCGAAGACUCAUCACCGCCCUCCGACUACGACGACUAUGAGACCGCGACAAAGUAUUUUCGAAAUAAGCAACGUUGGACUCGUCUGCGUACUUCAGGCGAUAGCGCUGUUCCGCUUUCAUCCGAUUCUUCCACCGAUAGUGAAUCAACUGACAUCUCUGAGGAUCCUGGGCAUGUAAUUCUACUUCCUGGUUGUGAUCUCAAGGUUGUCCACUUAAAUCCGGAUUUCGGUAUUGCCGGUUUCGGCAACAUUCCUGACGCCUUCUCGCUUACAGCAAUUGGAAGCCACAAGGACAAUUCUGAUGUUUCUAGUGAAGUCGAUGAUUUCGAACGCAUUGCACCGGUAGAUAAACAGUGGUCCGAUGGCUACAGUUACGCUUGGCGUUUGAUGCGACUGGCUUUCGUUCAGCUUAUGACACAGCAGCUGACCGGGUUGAUCAAGCUUCUCAAUCUUGACAAUGACUUUUUGACUACUUAUGCACCGUCAUUGCUCCAAUCAAAGGGUCUGUUAGACAGGUGGAUUAUCGGCUACACCGAAGAUCUGACAUUUGACUGUGAUAAGGAUAAUGAGUUGGACCUUGGAAUACCGAUCAAUCACCCUCCAGAGAAGGGGGUCUACAAUGGUGAUUUUGGCGCUCCACCGGGCGCUACGCUGGAUGACUCUUCUGAGUCUGCACUUCCACCUUCCACACGGAGAGCAAUGGCCGAAAUGGCGCAUCUUUUGAAUCCUUCUAUUUCACCAUUUCAAACUCGUAAUCCUUUUUCGUUACCAGUGAAACGCCUCUGGUUCUGCCUUAUGAGUAAACCCGGCUUAAGUGAAACAUUCAUGCGUUGGAUUUACCACCCGCGGCACUCUGUUCGCCCUUCUGUCAAGCCUAUAAAACUGCAAGUUUCCCGCAGGUCUUCUUCCAAUGCAAAUGUCCCCGCACCUCUUUCACCUUCUGCCAGGAAAAGUGAUCCUGCUUCAAAGUUGUCUACGAAUUCCAAGGAGACAGAGCCACAUAUUGGAGAAGCAGGUGGCAUAGAGAGAUCGACUUCAACACCAGCACAACACGAAUUUUCUAUAAACCUGAUCCAUCGUGAAAUGGAGCCUCUCUUGUGCAUGUGCGUGGACAGAGUUGGCUAUCAGUACGUGGCUCUGGCAACUCCCAAACAGCUGAUCGAAAUAUCAAUAUCAAACCUCCUUUCAUCAGCUGAUUGGCUCUUUGAUGAUUUUGAGUAUGACCUUGAAUCAAUGCGAAACGCUGAUGCGAAUUGUCUUUUCAGUCCACAUUUGAAAUCCCACUGCCGGGCUUCUGCAAGUGACUUCAUUAUCUGCGAAAAAACACCGCUCGACCUAGCCGAUCAGACUCACGAACCGUAUGAGGCCGGAUCUCAGGAUCUUCGAGGUCUGAACUCACAGUUAGUACUCAGGCGUUCCGUUAGUGGAGUUCAGAAACUCUCCGCACAUCCUUUGGUGCCCUUUUACCUAUGUGGGACUGCCUCGGGCUCUGUGCAUGUUUUGCAGUGGAACUCGGAAGAACCCGUGGUCCCCAUGCUGACAAACACGUUCGCAUUCACACCUCAGGGUCUUAACAUUCCUAUCUCAACCGGAGUUAGAGGAAAUCCUGUCUCCGUGCUGCACAUAGAUACGUCUGGCAAAAGGGUAUCAAUAUAUUCGUUUGGCUGUGGUGACACUACUGGAAACUUCGGUCUUUGGAAUCUUGAUUUCAACGGAUCCAAUAGUCAUCCUUACUUUAACUGUCGUUCCCACGGCAAGGGCGUACUUGAUUUUGCCUUUCUCGAAGGUAGCUCCAUGACAUUUGCAACCGUCGGUGUCGGUGGUGCUCCUCCCUUCACUACAGGGAGUGCUACUGGUUCCGGACCCACGGUCACCUCGACAGCCACCCGGACGGGGCAGCGCAUUUUGACGCAAUCGGAACUAGAGGCGGCUAAUUUGAUUAUUUGGGACGCACUUUUACCUUCCAGUCGUGCAGCCGUUAUGGCGUGCACCUGUGUGGCGGGUAUUCCCUCGGGCUCGAAUGAGCGUCAGUUAGCUGUCGGAACAAAGCGUGGCGAAGUCGCCAUUUUGGAUUUGCGACGUCGUCCUGCGGCGACCCUCUUCAAUCCCUCAGCUCACGAGGGAUCCGCCUUGCGCUCCAUCUCCUGUGAUAGCGCCACGAACACUCUCGUCACGGCUGGUGCCGAUGGUCUUGUCAAAGUUUGGCGUCUCUCUGAUCCACGGCGUCUGCUAGCUACAUUCCGCUCCGAUGGUUUUGGUAGCCACGGCAGCCGAGCGGCCGCCACAGCGUCAAUAGCAGCAGCAGCCCUCUUUCGUGGUAAUCAAUCGGCCGCUGUUGCGGCCGCCAGUCGCCCGGGCAUUUCGGAGGUGGUGUCGCUACCCUUAACCUCCAUUGCCUCCGUUGCCAGUGAAACCGAAAGCCUCCAACUCCUUACUACCCGCUUCCUCGCCUGCGGUGUCGACGGUUGCCUGCAACUCUGCUCCGUGACUCCCCGACCCGAGCCUAUUUGGCUAAGCAAAUAA